AUGGCAAUACCUCGCUCUGGACGGACCGACCUGAAGGAGGACAUUGAAAACUGGCGCAGCAGUCUACGAAGCCAACUGCGUCACCGCCGCCAAAGCCAAACGCGAAGCUCGCAAAUCUCAACUGCUCCCAUCUCGAAAGGCCAACUUUCAAUCGCCCCCCACUUGCCCACGAUGAUAGCGGACGCUCCGGGCACCCAUCGGUCUUACUGGGCAUCGUCGGACCCAAUGCACCGUCAACUCGACGUAAGUUUCUUUCACUCUCGUCCCUGUCGCAACCCCCCGCCGACCGCCAUCCCCGUCACUAGCGUCCCCACUACCGCCGUCCCGCCACCAUCAUCCACAGACACCAUCCGCCCUGCCCCAACCACUGCGUCGACUGCAGCGGCCAUCACCACCACCACGACCUCACGCACUCCCCCACCGAUGGGACGAAGUCCGACGACCUCUCAACCCCUAACAUCAACAUUCCCACCUCCAGCGAUGUGGACUCGGUCCAUAUCUACCCUCACUGCGAUUGAAUAUUCGUCUCACACAUCCGCCUGGUUGACUACUUGCGAGUCCAUCGCAUAG